CUCCACUAGUCACCUAUUUAUGCCGUAUUCUCAAUCUACCCAUGCUUGAUUCUACCUCUAGUUCUGAUUUCUGAAAUGCUUUGCUGCCUGUAACUAGUUCCGCCAUGUCUUCCGGGAAUCCUUUCCGCCGCUCCAUCCAACAGCCCCCCUCCAAUGCCACUUCAUCGUUUGCCUUGGACUCAGAUUCCGCAACCCCUUCAGACGCACCUGGAGAUGCAGAUACACCGAAAACGUCCAAAAUAAAGAAUGUCCGCAUCGUCUCCCCCUCCCGCUCUCCCGUUGAGAACCCCUCCUCCAACCUCCUCCGGCGGCUCAGUACGGGAAGCCAUGCUGGAUCUCCGCCGCCAUCGCCGACGAAUGACUCUCCAGAAUCGGAAGAGAGCGAUCCGUUCGAGCCGACGUUAGAGGAGGGUUCGCCAGAGAGCUCAGCGGUGCUAGAGAACACGCGACAGAAUUCGGGAACGCUGGACAGCCCCUCGGAUACGCCGGAGUCAGCGUCCAUCCCGAACCCUUUUAACAAGACACUGGCUACGAUGGAUCGCUCCACCACGCAUCACGUCUUAUUCAAAUCCCAACCCGAAGUUAUCGAUCGAAGCAUGCCGGACCGGACCGCGGGGAAGGGGACAAUGGAUGUGGAUUCGUUCAAGAGACUGCUGAUGACGGGGAAACCGGAAGAAGAACUCCCGUUGGAAGCAGUAAGACAGACUUCUCUAACCUCCAUAUCAUAUGCCCAGGCGAACGCCGUUGCUGCUUCGUCAAAUAGCACCCCUGCGGUCCCUGGGGACAGCAGCAGCAGCGCGGAUACCUCAUCCUUAUCGCGGCAGUCGAUCUUCGAGCCCGUCCAAGAAACCCACGGCGAGACUCCGCGGACAUCCUAUGAGAUUUCUGUCUCUGACGACGAUGAGCGAGCGAACCUAGUGGGAGACCCGAGUCGAAAACGCGAGAGGAAGAAGGCUCCUCCGCCUCAACUGCCCCGACAUCGACAUGGCAAACUCGUAUCGCCGAGAGCACCUCAGACGGUAGCGUUUGAUACGUUUGCCGACUCCGUCAAUCAACCUUCCACAAUAGUCACCCGUCCGCACCGCUCCGAAUCAGACCUCAACAAACCCCUCCCACCACCACCAACGACUGUCUCCCUGCAUUCUCCCCAGCCGGAUAUUAAUCCGGAACAACCAUCCCCAGACACAUCCAGCGAGAACGUAUCCGCAUCAAAAUCCCCUCCCACACCAACUGUCACGCCUCCCUCCGCUACCUCACCCACACAAUUCAAAUCCAAUCCCACACAACCGCUCUCCCGCGAACCAUCCGUAUCGAAGCGUCAACCGCCCGCCCCACCCGUAUCCCGACGCCACUCCCAACUCCGCACCGAAUCGCCAUCAACCGCGUCACUACCAACCUACUUCCAGCAGCGCCACCGCUCCUCCUCCACCCUUUCGCAAUCCUCCGCCGCCUCCGUCUCCGCCACCACUUCCCCUCAAACCCCCACCCAAUCACCACCACAACCGUCCUCUCAUUCCGUCAAUAUCCUCUCACCCUACAAGAUGGCCCCACCACCUCCCCCAACGCGCCGCUCCGGCGGAGGCAGUGGCAGUGCCUACAAUCCGUCGCCCGCCCUGACCAGCGACAUGGAACCGACCCGCAACAAAUCCGACCGCCCGUCCAGCGUCCGGUCCCUGCAGAUGACCGCCCGCCGCACCAGUUACGCAGAGACCAGCUCCGUGAAGAGCGUCGGCAUCGCGAGCCCUCCGCCGCCACCGCCGAGGAGGACUGGCGAGGCGGUGAUGAAGCUGGUGAACGAAGGGUCGGCGUCGGCUGGAGUCGGGGAGGGGAAGGGGAUGACGGCGGAGGUAGUGACGCAGGGCGAGGAGGGCGAGGGUAAGGAUCUCUUGGCGGAAAUCGAGGCAUUCCAGCGGGAGGUGGACGAGUUAAGGGGGAAAGUGGGAGCCUAGGAAGGUAGAGAUGCAGACCUCACUGGUCUGCUUCCUUCUUAACCGUACAUGGAAGCGCGGAUAAGGCGCUAGUAGGCUUUUAGGGACUCGGUUGGGUUACUUGGUAUAUGGAUGCCCCCUGUUGUGGACGGGCCGAUGUCAAAUGGGUGUUACUGAUGGAUUGAACGUGCUGAUUUCGAAGCCAUGAAAACCACAUCCUGAAUUUUAUGAAUAGCGAUUCUUAUGCAUGAUUAUAUUCAAACCGUCAAACA